GCUCGCCCGCGCGCCCCGGUGCGCCCGAGGGAGGCCGCCGCUGGAGGAACCCGAAGAGCAGCACCAAGAGCAGGCUGGCGGCCAGCUGGGCGGCCCGGCGGCCGCCCUCGGACUCGGACGCCGACUCCAAGUCCUCAGAUGAGCUCAGCGAGGUGCAGCCCAUGAGGGUGAGCAUCUCUCGCAAGGGCAGAGGCCAGGCCCGGUCCGGCGGCCCCAAGGAGCCGGGAGACGCGGCCAGACACCCGGGCGUCCGCGCGCAGGCCAGCGUCCCUCACUUGCGGGGCGCUCUCCUGACCUCUGCCCCGCGAAGACUCACCUCCGCCAUGGGAAAGCAGCCCGCAGGAGAGCCGGAUGCCUCUCCCUCUAAGAAAAUGCACAAUGUGGUCUGGGCCAAGGGAGAGGGCAAGCCCAGCUACUCGGCAGCGGGUACCGUGGCAGGGGGCCUGCCCAGGACUGCAGCUAGGAAGAAGGAAGCGCAAGAAAAGAAGUCCCUGGGGGGCGGCUCCAGGGUUAUCCUGGGGAGAGCCUUCCCCUUGUGGGGGCAGAGGCUCAGAGCCACUCCCCUGGAACCAGCCACCUUCCCUCCAAUCUCGGGAGUUCCGCUGCUGGGGAAGUCCAAGGGCUUUGCCUUGCUGCCCUCCGGAGCCAAGCCGUCCACUCAGGGCUCCACGGGGAAGAGAUCCUCAGCCAGGAAAGCAAGGGAGUCCCAGCCUGGGGCUGGAGAAGAUAAAGGCGCAAAUAGUGAUUCGGUCCCGCAGACCCAACCUCCAACACAGAGGCCAGGGCCACGUUGCCUGAGCAUGCAUCGCAGAGAAUUCGUCAGUGGUGAUGCUGACACCAGAGCCCCUGAACUUCCAGCAGCCUCCCGGCGCUUGACCGUGAGCCAGGGAGGCCUCCCACCCAAAGACCCUGUACUCUCUGGUGACCAGGAACCAACUGUUCAUGCUCCAGUUCUGGAAAGUCAGCAGCCCCCCGCUGGAGCACAGGGCUGCCCCCGGUGCGUUAUGCUGCAGAAAGAAAUAGAUGACCUCAAAGAUCAACUAGCGCUCCUGCAGUCCCUCACUGAUAAGUUCCAGACCCUUUGAAAUUGAAACCAGCAUCUUCACAGGAGACCAGCAGCUAAUACCUGUGGAAUCCAGGAGCCGAGGUCAAGCUCUCCACCUCCCGUUCUUCAGCCUGUCCCACUUUUGCCCCCUGCUGACCCAAGUUCACAGCAGAGUCAAAUUAAAG